UCUUAAGAGGAGCCGACACGUCAAUGCUGUGUUCACCGUUUGUUUCUGCUGCCGCCUAUUGGCCAGAAAAAUCAGAUGCGUGACUGUUUUUCAUCUUUUAGUCUGUAUUUUAAAUCCAAACAGGUGUUUCGUUUUAAACCGUCAUAAGUUUUGAGGUUUAAAAAUGUCUUAACCGUGGAAACAAGCAGUUGACAAAACCAUUUUCCCGAUGAAGUUCAAUUAGUAGCUGGUCUGGAUCACGCGAUCUUUGUGACCAGAUGGAGUUUGUUUGUUUUAAACCACCAUGGAUGAGAAGUCCUUAAAGGGCUUAAAAUGUUUGCUAUUGCAAUUAAUUAUAUAUACAUGUUAAAUUAAAUCAACAAAUAGAAGUAUAAUUUUCUAUAUUAUGCAUCUUGCAUUCAAGGUAAUUUUAAGCAUUAAGUGGGCACAAGAGGACACACCUGACUGCUUUGCUCCAUUCUCUGAUCUGCAGGUGCAUUGAUGAUAUCCAUAGAAAUUUGGUUAAUGUGCAACCAACAGGUGUCAAGCUUCAUGUGAUAUCUUGAUGUGAACCUUUAGCUUCCGCUUACGUAGCAGCCACUUUAACUGCAGCAGUGGAUUAGGCAUUACAGAGCCUGUUGUUCAAGCGUGACGAACUCCUUGCGCAGCUUUUAUUUUUCCAUUCGUCCCUCAGAUAUGUGGGGACUGAAGUUGUUGAUGGACAGGAUCAUAUUUUCAUAAUGGAGUACAGGGUCGAAUCUAAAAACGAAAAGCCGUGGUCGAAGGACGCAGCGAGGCCUUCACUCCGCCAGAAACCAACCAAGGAAACACUGUCUUUGUUUCAGUUCAGCAGAAUGAUGGACGAUGACAAUCAAGAAACAUUUAAAAAUGUCAGCCAGAAGCCAGGCCUGCAGAUAUGGACCAUCAAUAACAUGCAGAUGGUCCCUGUUCCAGCUCAAGGCUUUGGUAACUUCUUUGAGGGAGACUGUUACAUAAUUCUACAUAUAAGUCAGAACAAGGGCUCGGGCCAGUCGGCCGACAUCCACUACUGGAUAGGGAACUCCUCUUCCCAGGACGAGCAAGGGGCCGCGGCCAUCUACGUCACCCAGCUGGACGAGCACCUGGGCGGCAGCCCGGUCCAACACAGGGAGUCGCAGGGCAACGAGUCUGCAAUGUUCAGGAGCUACUUCAAGAACGGCCUCAUCUACAAGAAGGGUGGAGUGGCCUCUGGUUUUCACCACGUUGAACCCAACGUCUACAACGUCCUGCGACUGCUGCACGUCAAGGGGAGGAAGCACGUGACGGCGACGGAGGUGGAGGUGUCAUGGAACAGCUUUAACAAUGGAGACAUAUUCCUACUCGACAUGGGGAAAGCCAUCGUGCAGUGGAACGGUCCCCAGAGCAACAAGAGGGAGAAGCUCAAGGCCGUCUUGUUGGCUCAGGACGUCCGGGACAGGGAGCGAGGGGGCCGGGCUCAGAUCGGCGUGGUGGAGGGAGGAGCGGAGCGGGACUCCCCGGAACUCAUGAAAAUCAUGACGGCGGUGCUGGGCCAGAGGAGCGGGCAGCUGAAGGAGGCCGUUGCUGACGACGAGCCGGACCAGGUGCAGAACGCCAGCGUCAGACUCUACCAGGUUUUUGAAAACGGCGGCAAUCUGGUGGUGCAAGAAGUGGCCACGCAGCCCCUGACCCAAGAUCUGCUGCACUCCUCUGACUGCUACAUCGCGGACCAGGGAGGCUCGAGCGUGAUGGUGUGGAAGGGAAAACAAGCUUCCAAGGUGGAGCGGCAGGAAGCCCUCAACAGGGCGCUGGGCUACAUGAAAGCCAAGAAAUACCCACAGAGCACCAGCGUGGACGUGAUGUCCGAGGGAGGAGAGUCAGCAAUGUUCAAGCACCUGUUCAAAUCCUGGAGAGAUAAGGGGCAAACUCAGGGUCUGGGCGCCACCUACAACGUGGGGAAGAUAGCAAAGGUCGACCAGGUGAAGUUUGACGUGAUGGAGCUCCACGCGCGUCCCGAACUGGCAGCGCAGCAGCGCAUGGUGGACGACGCCUCCGGAGACGUCAAGGUGUGGCGUAUUGAGAAGUUGGAGCUGGCGGAAGUGAAUCCAAACACUUACGGACAGUUUUACGGUGGAGACUGCUACUUGGUGCUGUACACAUACCAGAUAUCAAACCAGCAGCAGUACAUACUCUACAUGUGGCAGGGCCGUCACGCCACCAAAGAUGAGAUCACAGCCUGCGCCUUCCAGGCCGUCAAUGUUGAUAACAAGUACAAUGGAGCCCCAGUGCAGGUCAGGGUGAUCAUGGGAAAGGAGCCUCGCCAUUUCCUCGCCAUUUUCAAAGGGAAACUCAUCAUCUUUGAGGGUGGAACGGGCCGACCCGGUGUGGUCAACCCUGAACGGGGACCCAGGCUCUUCCAAGUCAGAGGGACCAACGAGCUGAACACCAAAGCCACUGAAGUGCCGUCGAGGGCCUCGUCCCUCAACACCAACGAUGUCUUCGUGCUCCAGACCGACCACGUGUGCAACCUGUGGUACGGAAAGGGCUGCAGCGGGGAUGAGAGGGUGAUGGGGAGAAGUGUGUCUGAAGCGCUGUCCAAACAGGACAAGCAGGUGGUGAUGGAGGGCCAGGAGCCAGCUGAAUUCUGGGUAGCUCUGGGAGGGAAGGCUCCCUAUGCGUGUGACAAGAGACUGCAGCGGGAGGAACCUCCUCACAGCCCAAGGCUGUUCGAGUGCUCCAACCAAACAGGCUGCUUCAGGAUGACCGAGGUGCACGACUACGCCCAGAGCGACCUGGACGAAGAUGACGUCAUGCUGCUGGACACCUGGGAGGAGAUCUUCUUGUGGGUCGGAGACUCAGCCAACGAGUACGAGACCAAGGAGGCGUGGAACAGCGCGCAGGACUACCUGAGGACCCACCCGGCGGGCCGCGACACCGAGACACCCAUCGUCUCCGUCAAACAGGGAUAUGAGCCGCCCACCUUCACCGGCUGGUUCGGCGCGUGGGACCCUCAUAAGUGGAGCGGAGGAAACUCCUAUGAGGAGAUGACAAAAAAGCUGAGUGAUCCAGCAUCUCUCGCACAGAUCAGUGUUGAUCUGAGCAACUCUUUCUUCAAUAAGAGUCCCGCUAGUGGAGGUGGUUACAGGGCCCCAGGGGGCCCCACGGGUUCCCCCAGACCCUCUUCCCCCAUCAGCCCGUCGGCCCAUAGGGCCCCGUCCCUGUCCCCCUCCUCCGGCUUCAGUCCUUCAGGCCCGGGCGGGAUGUACCUGGACCCAGAGAUCCUCAUUAACAAGUCCCCCAGUGAGCUGCCUCAGGGAGUGGACCCCGGCAGCAGAGAGGAUCACCUCACCGACGCUGCUUUUGAGAACCUGCUCGGCACGACUCGCUCAGAUUUCAAGCGCCUGCCGAAGUGGAGGCAGAGUGACUUGAAGAAAAAGGCCGGACUUUUCUGAGAAACGUUCGUGACUGUGUUUUACAGGGAAACAGCGUGGAACCGGUUUCAUUGUUGCACAGACAACCUCUUCGUGGAAAACUGAAGCAAGCAUUGUACCUGUCGGAAAAGACAUUCCGGCAGGUCAAUGAUCAUUUCACCUGAAUAUUAUUGUUAUUAUUUGUGGUUGCUACCCACCAUUAACCAAGUUAAAGUGAUUACAAGUGGUAGAAAUAACAUAUUAAUAUGAUUGGGAAUAAAUACAAAAUCAAAGACUACAUUUACACUUAAAUUACUAUUAUUUGCAAUUGUUGUGGUUUAUAUUUAUCCAUAUUUAUCAAUGUCUCUUGAUAAUUGUUAAAUGAUCUGAUUUUCCUCAGGAUCUGAUUUUCAUUAUCACUUUAUUAUGAAUAAACACACAGAAGCUUGAA